AUGGCGUUCAGGCGAGCAGAAGAGAUGCUGGAGCGGGCUCAAGAGGAACUGGAGCAAGGCCGACGAACGGGUACUACAGCAACGGGGACCCAACAAGGAUUUUCUGACAUACAAGAUCACGGAUUCGAUGAUUCUCCUCCACCAUAUGAUGAAGUCUACAAGGACGAGCAACCACCGCCAUCGUAUGAAACUCUUGGGAAUUAUGGAAACGUUCCGCCCAACUCUGGCGCAAUAAGAAGAAGCUUAACUACGGUCAAUGAACAGACUACUGGAAGGAUAACCGAACUUAGAGCACACGAGGGACCACCAUCUUACAUGGUAUACAUUCCACCUGAUCGAUCGGCUCCACCUCGACGAGACAGCAUCAGUGCAUCUGAUGCGGCUCUUAAUAUCUCUACCACAUUAGGACAGAUGCAAAACUACAUGGAAGAAGUACAGGAACGAUUUUCAGACGUCGAUUUGUUCAUAUCAAGCCUCUCACUAACGACUCCGCCACCUUCCUAA